AUGGCAUUCACUGAACCCGAGGCCCCCGAGCCAAAUGGCUCACCAAAGGGCAAGUAUCUAUGUCUGACCAUCUGCGGUUACCGCAAGCCUGGGAUGAGCGAAGAAGACUACCGCCAUCAUAUGGUCAAUAUCUCCGCUCCAAUGACCAAAGGGCUCAUGGUCAAAUAUGGUGUAAAGCGAUGGACUCAAAUACACAACCAAUCUUCCACUCGUGCCUUGAUGUCCCAUCUGUUCGACAGCCAGAUGGCCAUUGUCGCAGACUUUGACUGCUUCAGCCAGGUGGUCUUCGAGGACAUUGAACACUACAAGCGGAUGAAACAGGAUCGGUGGUACCAGGAGCAUCUCAUCGGUGACCAUGAGAAGUUCGCCGAUACCAAGAGAAGCAUGAUGACAAUCGGGUGGAUCGAAGAGUUUGUGAGGGAUGGAGAGGUUGUGGAAGGUUUCAAAGAUUCCUAG